UCAAGUACACCUAUCUCCCUUCCAAGCUUCCUCAUCUCUCAUCAUCUUUCCCAAAAACUGAAUCUUCUUUCCCUAGAAUGGAACAGUUGAGUUUCUUUGUGGGUCUUAUAGGCAAUGUUAUCUCAGUUCUGGUUUUUCUUUCUCCAGUAGGGACAUUUUGGAGGAUAGUAAAGCAUGGAUCAACUGAGGAUUUCGAGUCUCUUCCAUACGUUUGUACAUUGUUGAAUUCGAGCUUAUGGACUUACUAUGGAAUCACUAAGCCCGGAGCUUAUCUUGUUGCCACUGUUAAUGGCUUUGGCAUCCUGGCUGAAGCUGUCUAUGUUGUUUUGUUCCUCGUAUAUGCACCAAGAAAGAUGAGGGUGAAGACUGGGAUUUUGGUAGGGAUAUUGGAUGUGGGAUUCCUAGCAGCAGCUGUUUUGGUUACUCGUUUAGCAUUGGAAGGAGAAUCUCGAAUCGAUGCAAUAGGGUUUGUGUGCGCCGGCCUUAACAUCAUAAUGUAUGGCUCCCCUUUAGCUGCCAUGAAAACAGUGGUCACAAGCAAGAGUGUAGAGUACAUGCCAUUUUUCCUGUCGUUUUUUCUGUUCCUAAAUGGAGGAAUAUGGGCAUUCUAUGCAUUCCUGGAGCAAGAUAUUUUCCUGGGGGUACCAAAUGGAAUAGGUUUUGUGCUUGGAACAGCACAACUAAUUCUUUAUGCCAUUUAUAACAAUGCAAGGCCAUCAAACAACAGCAUCUCACAAGGAUUAUUGGAACAAGGCUUGCCAAAGUAGCUUACAUUAUAAUUGCAAAUGAACUAUCUUCCUACACAUAUAUUGGAUUGUUUUUAUUUUUUAUUUUUUAUUUUUUUCUUUAAUAAGAGAAAAGUUGAUAUUAUGAUUUGA